CUCUCUGUGCUGCUCUCCCAAAAAUCGCCGCCACCGUCAUCGUCGUUUCUCCAACCAUUUUUUUUUUUUGAUGUCGUUAAUGGUGAUAGAGGAUAUUGAAUCUGUAUUAUUCAAUCGAUAUGAAUUAAUUUCUAAUUAGAUUUCACAAAUCUUUAUUCGCUGGUUGACAACGGUGGUGGUGGUGGAGGAGGAUUAAGAUUCUUCGUUGCAUGGUUGUCGUUUCUGGUGGUGGUGCUGGCUAAAUUGAUGAAGUUAGGGUUAGUGGUUUGAGCUGCCGGUGGUGAUGUUCGUACAUUUUUGUUCUUAAUUGUUUUCAGUAAUUGCUACCAAGCCUUUGAAGGGGGUGUAUCAAGAUGUAACAGGAGGUGGUGAGUGAAUGGUAGAUGGUAAUGGGUGGUGGUGGAUGGUGGAUGUUAAACAUGAGGGACUAGAUAUGCUUCUUCGUUCAAUACAAAUCACUAAUUCUAAUUCAGGGUCAGAAGGCAUGGAAUGUAGAACUUCUGAUUCAACUCUUUCCGGAGAAUCAGGUGGAGGCAAUCUUAAACAUCUAUAUUCCACAAGAUGAAUCUGUAGAGGAUAAUCUGAUUUGGUUAAAAACAAAAACAGGAAAUUUUACUGCGAAGUCAUGCUAUAAACUUCUGGCAGAUAAUGUGGCGACAUCUUUUAUCUCAUCGUUUCCGUGGAAACUUUUCUGGAAAAAGAUGAAGACUCAACCAAAAAUUCAUAACUUUAUAUGGAAGGUUCUUCAUAAAGGUUAGCAGUUUAUAGUAAUCUUUCAAGAUUUAACUCUCAUAUUCAGAAUAUAUGCCCUCUCUGUCAACAAGAAGAAGAAACAGUUCAUCACCUGCUAUUCAUCUGUCAAUUCUCAAAAGCUGUGUUUCAAGAAAGCCCAUUAUACAUUGAUCUCCAGGAUGGUAUUUCACCGAUGGACGAUAUACAGCUUUGGUUAAAUCAGGCAGAUCAAGGGAUGAUGUUAAAUCUGGGCUCAUGCAUUCUUUGGAAAAUAUGGAAAAUGAGGAAUGAUAAAAUCUUCAAUAGUAAUCAACCGUCGGUACCAGUUUGUAUUCGCAAAGCUCUGGAAGAUUUUAAGAAUUUCGACUUACACCAUGCCCUGAAUUAUUGUGCCUCAACCACCAUACAGAGGAAAAACACAGUUCAUUGGCAACCUCCUACUUUGUUCUACAUUAAGAUUAAUGUAGAUGUUGCUUACAACAACGGUAAAGGUGUUGCAGCAACGGUGGCAAGAGAUUCAUAUGGUAGACAUUUGGGAAGUGCUGCCUUUUGUUUUGAUUCCUUCUCUUCAACAGUGGCGGAAGCAAAAGCAUAUGGUCUUGGUCUCCAGUUGGCGAGAAGACUGCAAAUCUCUAACAUAAUCAUUGAGGGGGAUGCAGAAGAGAUUCCUAAAGCUAUAACAGGGAACACGAACGAUAUUCCUUUGAGUAUUCGAUCCACUGUUCUUUCAAUUCAAGACCGCGUCAAGGAUUUUAACGAAAUUAGUUUUAUGGUUGUUCCUAGAGACACUAAUUCAAUUGCUCAUGACUUAAUUCAAUUUGCAAUUACAAACUUUGUAAACAGAUGUUGGUCUUAUGAUGAACCAUCGAAUUGUAUUAUGCAACGUCUCAUUUUACAUGAGGAUUAA